UAGAGAGAGAGAGAGAUGAGAGGUUAGGAGUCGCUAGUUGGCAAGAUAAUCAGAGACAGGCCACUGAUUCAGGGCUUGUUGCACACAGCUGGUGUGACGGGUGAAGAGGCUGUAGGCUAACACUGAUUGGACGGACAGUGACAAUGUGCAACGAGUGGGGGACUUAAUAUACUGGAUGUACAUUAUCAACUCCAUAAUCCAAAUAUCACACUGGAGAUAUGAGGUGGAGGACAAGUUGUUGAACUGCAGCAGAGUGGAAUAUCAACAUGGAUGUUGCUUCUGAGGGACAUUUGGAGAUAACUAAUGACUGAGCGGCUGUGGACUGUGGAUGUAGCAUCUAAUACUACUGGGUGAACAGUAAUUUUUUCACAUUCUGCAUUUGUCUACAGAUGUUUUCUGAAUGACGUAACAUUUUGCAUCAUAAGAAACACUUCAUUUUGUAUGGAUCGCUCCUUUUUUCUUUCAGCUUUUACUCUAGAAGUGACGAUAUAGACAUCUUACAUCUUCAUGAAGUGAACCUGCUCCCUUAUAUUUAGCACAUAGUACUAAAUGGAUGGUUUAUAACAGGAAGAACAAGAGCUCCCAUCAGUAAAGUGAAUCUUGAUCCAUCUAGACCCCAGUGUAGCAUGAUCUAAAGAACAUAACACAAAUCUCCCCUGCAUCUCUUGUGCAAAUGAUACUGCUAUGGAGGCAAGACUGAAGCAAAGCAAAGUUUACAGACUGGUAAACCCAGUGCAUCCUGCAAGGCUGGCAGUCCUGAUGAGGUGUUUGAACCAUGUGGUCCACUGAGAGCAUGGAGCCAGAGAAAGCACACACCCAGAGCAGCUUCUUCAGCAAGGUGGAUGUGCCUGACCAUGCUCACUACAUCGUCGCCUUAUUCGUCUUUGUCAUCGGGAUGCUGGGCAUCACUGGCAAUGCGCUAGUUAUGUUCGCCUUCUAUAGUAACAAGAAGCUCCGUAACCUGCCUAACUACUUCAUCAUGAACCUGGCGGUCAGUGACUUCCUCAUGGCUUUCACACAGUCCCCCAUCUUCUUCAUCAACUGUCUCUACAAGGAAUGGGUGUUUGGAGAAAUGGGCUGUAAGAUGUACGCAUUUUGUGGUGCCUUGUUUGGCAUCACUUCCAUGAUCAACCUACUGGCCAUCUCUAUCGACCGUUACAUGGUUAUCACCAAGCCUCUGCAGGCCAUGCACUGGGGCUCCAAACGAAGAACCACCCUGGCCAUCGUCAUGGUCUGGCUUUACUCUUUGGCUUGGAGUCUGGCUCCUCUUGUUGGCUGGAGCUCCUAUAUCCCAGAGGGUCUGAUGACAUCUUGCACAUGGGAUUACGUCACGUACACAUUGGCCAAUAGGAGCUACACUAUGAUGCUGUGCUGUUUUGUUUUCUUCAUUCCACUGGGAAUCAUCUUUUACUGCUAUCUCUUUAUGUUUCUGGCAAUACGCAAGACUGGCAGGGAGGUCGAGCGUCUGGGCACUCAGGUGAGGAAAUCCACCCUGAUCCAGCAGAAGUCUCUGAGGAGCGAGUGGAAGUUGGCUAAGAUCGCAUUUGUCGUCAUUGUGGUUUAUGUCCUCUCCUGGUCACCGUAUGCUUGUGUCACACUGAUUUCCUGGGCGGGGCAUGCAAACAUCCUGUCACCGUACUCCAAGGCUGUCCCUGCAAUCAUAGCAAAAGCCUCCACCAUCUACAACCCUUUCAUCUAUGCUAUCAUACACAACAAAUACAGGAUGACUCUGGCAGAGAAGUUUCCCUGCCUGUGGUUUCUGUCUCCCACUCCUCGGAAGGAGUGCAUCUCCUCCUCCAUCAGCGAGUCCUCGUACAGGGACUCCAUCAUUAGCAGACAGUCCACAGCAUCAAGGACUCACUUCAUUUCAGCUUCCUCUGACAUGGUAUUAAGGGAUGUAGAGAUGGAGCCUUUGGGAAGGAAGUCAGAUGCUUCCUUCAGAAGCCUGCCAUCAUACAGACAGUCUUCGAGAGGCAGGUCCUAUAAGAAACAAUUAGAGCGGAGGACCACCAAGACCCAGCUAGCAGAGAAGUACCCGUCCACCAUGAAUGAAUCAUUGAACAACCGUGACCAUGAACUGGUUUCCACCUCCCUCACAGUCGCCACUCUCCCCCUACUGGUCCUCACCAGGAAGCGCAGCCAGAGUCUGACCAAUGAGAUUUCAGAUGCAUGGGAGAAGAAAGGCAGCAUCAGUGACUGCCACAAGAGCGACUCUUUUGACUCUCUGAAUUUUGGAAAAAUCAAGUGCACUGACCCCAGGUCGCCUCAGGGUGUCCCUCGCAUUAUCGUCAUCAGCCCCACGUCUGAGAGCAGCCUCAUCAAGCAUGACAGCGUCUGCUUAGAAGACAGUGUCGAGGCGAUGGAGAACAAUGUUUUUGUCAGCCUGAACUUCUCAUCUGAAGUCUUUGAGGCAGUGGAGCUUCUCUCUUGACCAACUGCUCGCUGAACAAUAAUAACCCUCAUAUUUUUUUUCCACUGAAGCUAUAUUAUUAACUAUAUUUGUCACCACAGACCACACAAUGCUCUUCUCUCCAGGCUGUGGACAAAGUAAUCAUCCACUGAACUGAACCAUUUACAAUCUGUUUCUGCUUGUUGACUCAUCCUGUAGAUCCAUGCCACUCUGUUGCUUAGAUAACUGGAGUGCAGAAGAAACGUUGGUAUGCAAAAUGAAACAGCAUGACCUGGUUGUGGUAUGCAGUGUGCAGUAUUUGUCAGAUUUUGGCAGGGGCAGGUGCACCCUGAGGAACAGCAUGGACUGCAGCAUAUUUUUGUUAGAUCCCUCAAAAAUGACAGUGUAACAACGUAUUCUCAUGAUUUUGGGGGCCAAGCUUGACAUGCUGGAUCCUUAGUUUAGCUACUCAAGCCAAAGAUUUUGAAACUGUGAUGUGAAGUUUUGAACUGAAAUGUUUAUAUUGUAAUUCAUUUAGGCACUUCAUGGAUUUUCUGCAGGAGACUUUAAGAGAAGACAUUUGCAUCUGAAACCAGACCAGUUCAAAGAAAGAACAAUGGUUUAUUAUCCACCUUAAUGAGGAAAAAUGUGACCCAAAAAAAGCAAGAUUUCUGCUCAUUCUUAGUCCUAAAACAACUGUAAGCAAGGACAGCCAUUGUAGGUUGUGAGGAUGUUUUUAUAAAGUAUAUAUAUUCAGUUCUUGUCUCGUGGUAGCAGCCUAGUUCCUUUGGACAGUGUGGGCCUCUCCAGCUUUUUAUUAGCAGUGAGACAGCGGUGUAAUGAAAGCGUGGGGCUGUUAAUACUGGUCAGGAGGCUGAGGCGGAGUUAAAUGUGUCUCAUAAAACAAUGAACUUUUAAAAUUUUCUUUGUGGUGACUUUAUUAUGUCUCAUGUAUUGUGUGGACACUGUGAUUUGUUCCACUGUUCCCUUGGACUAUUCCUACUCAUAUAAACAAAAACAAACUUUAUUGUGCUGCUUUUGUUGCUUGUGAAUGCUGCAGUGUUGUUUCCAGUGAUCAGAGUGAGUGUGAUUUAAAUGUAUUCAGUUUAUAUUCAGUACACGCAUGACCAAAGAUGUUUGGUGAAAACUGUGUUCAUUUUAUUAUUAUUAUUUUUGGAUGGUUAAUUUAUGGCGCUUUCUGAAUUACUCCAGUCGAUGAAUGUUGUCUCCUCUUGUUCUUAAAGUGGAGAUGAAACACUGAACAGUAUAAGUGUGGUUUGUUUGAUUUUUAUUUAAGGGAAGAUAUGACACUAAAAUGAACUUGACAUCCACCUAGAUUUUCUAGAAAAGUAAAUAGUAUUUCACUUUUUCACCAGCAAGGCAUUUUUCAACAAGCUAAUUGGUGAUGUCACGAGAAUGGUUGUUUAAUGGGAGCACAUGAUUUCCGUGGGCUGUUUUCAUUACUGCUGUGACCUGACGUGCCUGAUUUCACAGCAGCUUUUCUUAUAAAAUUGCAACGCAUGUUUUUGAAUUUUUUUUUUUUUUUUAAUUGCAAAAAUUGUUUUGCUGCUGUCUCACAUUCAGAGCAUAUUGUUAUGAGCAUUCAGUGUUUCCCACAGAAUUAGAAUCUGUUUAUAAUAGUUUGGGGGGUUUGGGAUGUUGUUGCCGCUGUUCAACGCUGCCGUUCAACACAGUGCUGAAGGACUUUGCCCACGAGAGGCUCUCCUUCUGCUCUCUCUGCAUUGUUAGCACAAGUUGACGCAGCACACUGUGAUCUCAUUACUACUCGUCAUAUUUUCCUGCUUGGGCCAAGACUCUGCAGCAGCUAACAGCUGACACUGUGCUGUUAGCAGCAACUCAACCAACCAACCGCAAGACAGCUGUCAACCUAUUAAUAACCAUUUGGUAACGUUAGCUAUGUGAUGCUAACAAUUAGCCCUGCCACUGUGUGACUGUGACUUAAGUCACAAAGCUCUGGUCUCACAGUAGUAGCAAAAUGAUCUUUUACCGCUUUUAAAUAGUCAAAUUUGCGGUAAAGUUGCGGUGACUGUGCAAAAUUGCAAGGUUGCACAUAAUUCAGGGGGAAUGGCUGAAUUUGCGUUACUUGUUGCGUUCACAACAUUGCAAAAUCCUUGAGUACAACACUGUACUUCAGACUAGUUAAGUGUUGAUACAGUGGAGUUUAAGAGGAUUGAUGAGAUACAAAGAACCAGAUACAUCGAAAAAACAAUUGUCUUACCAAGAAGACCAAAUAUAGUGGUAAGACAUGUUGCAAUUGACAGCGCCGAAGAUGACAAUGAAGAGUUGCCUGAAUUUGUGCAUGGGACACCCACUCUGCCCACUGAGCUACUGGACGCCCUGAACCGUUCUUGUGACAUAAUUUACUAACUUGUUGAAAGACAGCUGUGUCCUGGUGCAAAACACGAAAUAUUGUCCAGUUUUACCCUCUUUAACUAGCUAAUAUUUUUCUAUUCCUAACAAGUGUAAUCAUUCCAGACUAAUUUGCAGCACACAGCAGCAAAUACUGCAAGUUAAAAGAAAAAGUAGCUCUUAAUUCACAGUUAUGUUCAGCCUUUGGUGUGAUGUCGGUGUCAUCUGUGUUUUAACAUUUGAUACUCAUGCAUCUCUUGGUUUUAUAACAAUAUGAGGCAACGAUGUAGAGGAAAAGUUGGAGGAGCAGUUUUCAUGUUAGUUCAUGUGCUGAUUAAACUUUCUGAAUCAA